UAUCAGUAGUGAAAUUAGUAGAUAAUAUACCUAAUAAAAGGUACGUGAUUUAUUAUUUAGUUAUUGAAGUUCAAUAUGUUUAAAAGUGCUAAAAAAGAGGACUAUGUUCGGCUUGCUGUCGAGCUUAAUGUAGACAUUUCUAAUAUGAAAACUAUUGUUGAUCUAAUUACAGCAAUUCAGAGUUGUGAUACGUAUAAAAAUAACAUUGAGUUAGUUGAAGAGUUAGCAAAUAACAUAAUCGAAGAAAGAAAAAGUGAUGAAAUCCGAUUAAUUGAAAAAUUAAAAGCUGAAAGAGUGAAAUCGGAACUUGAGCUCGCUAAAUUGCGAAUCGAAUCUAAAAGUGAACUACCUGUUGAUAGUGUGAAAAACGAAAGUGUAGAAUCUUUAGACUCUCUCAUUAAAAGUGUGAGGACUUUAACUCAUAAAAUCCCUAAUAGACCAGAAGGACGGGGAUAUUUCUUUUCGUCAUUAGAAAGAGCUUUUAUUUCAAAAAAUGUCCCUGAGAAAUUUAAGGCUGAAAUUCUUCUAAAUCUGUUAGGGUAAAAAGCCACAAAUAUAAUUACAUACAUUAAAGAUGACGAAUUAGGAGAUUAUUCUAAAGUUAAAACUAUAGUUUUGAGAGAAUUCGAGCCAUCCCCCCC